GUAAAAGCAGCGCAGUGAAAUGUUUUGCUUGUCCUGACAGGUCUUACGGAGGACAUCAAAAGGAUGGAACCGCCAAAAGCAGCAUAUGCUGUUGUGAUUCUUGUUGUUUUCUGCUGCUUUUUGGAACACCAGGAAUACACCCAGCCUGUGAAGUCCUUGUUUGAGCAACUGAUGACUAAGAAUCCCUUCAGUGCACAUGGAAGAGAAAAACGAGCAACCAACAUAACCAACGUCGACUAUAAGAUUGAAAUAUCCAUAAGCCUGUCUGACCUGGAACCUCUUAGACUGCUUCUCAGCAACAUCAGCUUUCCUGCUGUGAUCAACAACACAGGAGAAGUUACCAGCAUCAACGUAACAACAGAGUGUUCUUCUAAUCUGACUGAAUAUCAGUGCACAUGUAAAGACAACUAUGCCUGGUCUUACAACCAAUGCAUCAGUUAUGGAGCCUGUGAUCCCAUUGUUGGUGACGUGUGCGGAUGCAUUAAAAACCUUCCCACAGAUAAUCAGUUCUGCCAGCUCAACACCACUCCUUCAGUGAUGACUCCUGCCUCUCCAACAACACCUGCCUCGCCAACAACACUUGGAGAACCAGUAUACAUCGAUGUGGACAUAGACUUGCGCUUUUCUGCUCUCAUGUCCUCCAACAUCAUCGAUGAAAUCAACAGGAGACUGAAAGCUGCUCAACAGCCGAUCUCAUCAAAAUUUCAAAUAUUAUACUUUAACAUCACAACAGGAUGCUUUCCAAGCCCAAGCGGUGGUAGACAGUGUCAAUGUGGGGAUCAAUUCGCUUGGUCAUGUGACAAGUGUGAACUCUAUGGUGCGUGCAGUAACACCACUGGAGAGACCUGCAGCUGUAUCAAUGGAGUACCUGCAGACCAAUUCUGUCAACCAAUCUCAAGUGUCCCUUCAUGCCCAACACCAACUUCAGCAAUGACAACUGCAGAGCUGCCCUCAACAAUACAUCCAACUAAUGCUUCUACAGAGUUGGCAACAACGCCUUCACCAUCUACUGUGAAAACAUCUCCUACCACUGUCACAACAACAACAACACCCCUACCACCAGCUCCAGCUCCAAGUUUCACUGAUCUGGUCUUUGAUCUACGCAUCCCAAUCAUCAAUGUUCCUUACACCGAUACUGAAAUUGGACAAGUUUUAGGGAUCGUGAAAGGGUAUUUGCCAUGGUAUUUCUCAAAUGUGAAGGUUUUAGAAGUUGACUUGACCACAGUAUGUGUCGCAAACACAACCGCAGAGCUGACGUGUGAAUGUCAGGAUCAGUAUUUCUGGUCAUGUGACAGGUGUAAAACCUUUGUUGGAUGUAAUAACACAAGCACAAAGACCUGCUGCAUCAAUGGACCGAAUGUGACCUUCUGUGAGCUCAAUACAAAUAUCUCUUCAUGCCCCGCAACGCCUGAACCACCCAUCAUAAUUACAACAAAACCACCCACCCCGGUUGAGACAACACCAACCACUCCAGCGAAGAUGACGCCAACCACUCCAGUGAAUACGACAACAACAACCACUCCAGUGAAUACGACAAUAAUCAUUCCACCUGGCAUAACACCAACCACUACAACUACGAAGCCACCAACCACUCCAGCUACGACAACACCAACCACCACAGUUACAAAGACAGUCUUAAAGUUUUCCAUGGAUUUGGAAUACAAACAAGAAUACAAUGAUGCAACCAACUCAGUAUACCUAAAUAUUUUUGGUAUUAUUUCACCUGCUUGUAAGGCGAUUGUCCCUAGCUGUAACGUAGAUGGAAUAGUUUUUUCAUCUGGAAGUACUGUUGCUUCUUACACUAUCAGUGCUACGUCCAUUGACAGUAGUCAGAUUCAAAAAAUUAAUGAUGGAGUUGUUAAUGGAGUUUUAAAGAGUUAUCCUGUCAUUUUUGAAGGUACAGAUUUAAAGUUUAGCUCGGCUACAGUAAUUUCAGGAACCUCCGUGGAUAUCACAUGUGGAAGUCCAGAGGCAGGUUUUAAUUUUGGUCCAAUUGAUUCUGUGGCGUGGACAAUUGAUGGUGCCGCUCUUAGUGCUGAUACAGUUCAAGGAUCCCUAAAGGCCAAUUCCUCCAUAUUAACGGGCAUAUCGUUUGCUCAGACUGGAGACGUCCCUUGUGUGUGUUUGCUGCGAGCGGGAAACAAGGUUUUGAGACGAAGAGGAACUAUUAAAGUUAUGCCAAAACCGGACAUUAAAGUGACUCCAUUGAAAGAUGUUGUGCUUUGUGGGACAAAGGAAGUAACAUUGACAUGUUCUGUUCAAUCCCCCUACAAAGUCAGGUUUGAACAAGAUCCUACUAAAGAGGGUCAAACAGUCACUUACACGUAUCCAGUGUCUAGCUGUGUAGAUGGGAAUUCUCAAAAAGUUGUUUGUCAGUGGGUACCUGAAUCAUACGCCCCAAAUCUCAAACUUAGCCAAGUCGCCACACUGAGGUUUGCAAACCAGAUUUUGUGCAGGAGUGAAACAUUUGGUGACGGAACACUUGGUUACAUCGGAAUUGCAGCUUGCGACCCUGACAAAACGGGAGAAAUAACAGCUGAAUGUAUGGCAAAUGGUAAUUAUGAAAAUGUUCAAGACAACUGUGUCCUGAAAGAAAUCCAAAACCUGCUUGAUCUGUCUGGGGCCCUGAGUCCCGUUAACGUGCCACCAUUCUUGAAAAAACUGAGCAAUGUAACUAAAACAUCCUCCACGGAAAUUAACAAAUCUCCUGCAACUAUUGGCGCUAUUGUCAAGAUCUUAGACAAUGUAGCAAAUUUGGACACAAAAGUAGACAAAGACUCGAUGACGUAUGUUCUGGAAACAUCUGGGACUCUAACCAGGGAUGACUCACAGGACUCGUGGAUUUUUCUGAACAAAAAUGACACGACAAACGCCAACGGUACCACCGCUGCAACCAGUAACAGCCGAAGCUCUUUAUUCCUGAAUUCUCUGGAGAGAUUAACUGGAAGUCUUUCAGAUAACACCUUUGUCAUAGACGUGCCUUUUGUUAUUUUGAACAAAACUACAUUUACAAAUAAUUUUAAUUUUGACUUCAAUUCGUCUGUGGCGGUGAACAUACCACAGUCGGAUGGAGGCCAGAAAUCUUUAACAGUUGUUGUGUUUUCCUCUAUGAACAAUGUUCUUCCUCCAAGAGACCAAGUCAAUACAUCGACUAAUCUCAUUAACGGAAAAGUUACACUCAUUCGGUCCAGCGGCAAGAUCAAUAAUAUCUCCUUAACCUUCGACGUUCUGAAUGACACCUUGCACAAUCCAAAAUGUGUUUACUGGAACUUCAGCCUCUUUAACGGUCUUGGAGGAUGGGACGACGAAGGAUGUUUCUUGGUGUAUAGUGAAAACGGCUCCGUCAGCUGCAACUGCAACCAUCUUACCUCGUUCUCCAUUCUCAUGUCGCCGUUUGCUCCAGAUAUCAAGGCAUUGGCUUACAUAACCUAUGUUGGUAUUACCAUAUCAUUGAUCUCCCUAGUCAUCUGUCUCAUCAUUGAAGCCAUCAUAUGGCACAGAAUCAGAAAGAACAGCACGUCGUUUUUGCGGCACGUCUCCAUCGUAAACAUCGCCUUGUCUCUACUGAUUGCAAACAUUUGGUUCAUUAUUGCGGCCAACAUCUCAGACCCUGGAAGACAAAAUGCACCAGCAUGCACUGCAGCUACCUACUUCAUCCAUUUUUUCUACCUCGCCAUGUUCUUCUGGAUGUUGUCUUCAGCUCUGCUGUUGGUCUACCGCACAAUGAGCGUCUUUGGAGGUAUCUCUGACAUAGGACUGUUAGGUAUCGGAUUCGCUCUGGGAUACGGCGCACCUCUCAUCAUCGCAUCCAUAACCAUUGCUGUGACUGCUGGACCAAAGAAAUACAUCCAGAAAGAAGUCUGCUGGCUGAACUGGUUUGAAUCCAAAGCUCUGCUGGCAUUUGUAAUCCCUGCACUGUCAAUCGUGGUCAUCAACCUCAUAAUCCUAAUUGUAGUUCUUUACAAAAUAUUGAGGAGAAGAGUGGGGUCAAACAGCACCCAGGAGGGGGAGAAGCAUGUGCUAAUUGUGAUUGCCAAGAGUUUAGCUGUUCUCACCCCAAUCUUUGGAUUAACUUGGGGUUUGGGAAUCGGAACCAUGGUCGACCCAAGAAACGUAGGAGUCCACAUUUCUUUUGCCUUCUUCAACUCUUUGCAGGGUUUCUUCAUCUUGGUGUUUGGAGUACUCCUAGACAAAAAGGUGUUGCAAGACUUGAGAGCAACCUCACAAAGCAUAUUCAGUGGAACAAAGAGCACCAGUGGAGGAACCUCUUCCAGUAUUUUUGGAUUUCUGAGAAACAGAGGAAGAGGGGGUGGUGUCUAUGUUUCCACCAGUGGAUCCAGUAAUGGUCAUUCAUCCAGCAACACAUGAGGGCGAACUCUUGGAUUUAUAUCACAGACCCAAUAGGACACUUACAGUCUUUCUACUGCAUUUUAUCGUAGUCUUUUUCAAAAUAAAGUAAAACAUCCAGACAAUGCUGAUAAGUACAUAUUUAGUUUGAAGUACUACAUUUUUUAUAAAUAGUUAAAAUGCACUUUUACAGCAUGUUAAAAUGUAAAACAUGGAAGGAUUCUGUGUGUGUGUGUGUGUGUGUGUGUACUAGAAAUCCAGUCAUGAACUCUUUUGCACACAUUACUUCAAAAAAGACAAAUUCUAGUACUGAAUCAUAUAAAACUGGGCUUAUAAAGAGAAAAUAUAACUUGUACCAGUGCAGUGGCCUGUUACGCGUCAUUGUUUUCAGAAAUCCUUUUGAUUCUCGUGAACUUUUAUCUGAAUAGAAGGAAGUUGCUUCGUUGAUUGACAGUCUAGUUGAACUACAGAGCACCUUAACAAAGGAAUUUUGUCGUCUAAGUAGCACAGCAGCUGUGAGCUUUCUUUUUCACUGCGUCAAGUCACGCUAGACCGAUACUGCUUUGGCGAAUCAUGAAAAGAUGCAUUUUAUUAACAUGAGGGCAAAAAUGUCUCUCCCUCCUUCCUAGAAGCUGGUGAUCAAAGCAGGAGAUUGUGGUUUGAUGAAGUUAAUUCUGAUUCUCUCUUAUGUUGAGCAGCGUCACUUAACAGUAGAAGUUAUUCCUUCAUAUCUAAUUUAUUCAUGAAAAGUCUUAAGUAGGAGGAGUUUUUAUCAUUUUUUUGUGAAUUUCUAUAUAAAAUGAGACAAAUCAAAUGUCACAUUUUAUCUUUUUACGUGAAGCAUGUAGUGUAUCCACAACUUAAACGUUUUUGUGUGUCGUAUGUUCGACUGGUGUUGUAAUGGAACAUACUGUGCAACUAUGUGGGUGGCAUCAGAAUGUGGAAAUUGAAAACUGUUGGAACCUGAUAACCCGUAGACAUACCCUUGCACUUUUGAUUUUAAACCACAACCAAACUGAAAUGAUCCGUAUAAUGAGGAAGAGGAUGAAGGGGAAUUUCCCUCCUUGUGAUCACACCAAGAAACGAAUUUGACCUUAAGAUGCGUACUAUACUACUCAUUAGGGGUGUAAUGGAUCACAUCAGAUUCUGUCAUGGAUUUAGGGUCACGAUUCGGAUCAUUUUUCGGAUCAGUAAAAAGAAAAAAAAAUAAUAAAAUUUCUCUUUUCAAAAGUUUGAUGAAACAUAUAUUCAAACACAUGUAUUACAUCAAAAUAUUUACUCAUUGAGGCUUAUUUACAAGAACAAAAAUCUUUAAACUAAAAUAUGUCAUUUCUGAUUAUAUUUAUAUGUCUUAAGACCAAACCUAUAAAAACUGAGAGAAAAGAAUGCUUGGGAAUAGUUUUGAAAAGACUAAAUAUAUCUGGAGAACCACCUAAAAUACGCAUUUUCUCUUGUCCCACCCCACUAUGUCCGAAUUAAAUCCUAAAUAAAAGAGUUAAAAUUAAACUUGAAGGGGUUGGGGGUUCGCGGUACACGUGUGUCCCGAACCGUAGCUAGUGAUCCGUACGGAUUAUCCAUUAUCCGUUACAAAACCUACAACUAAUUAAGAAAAAAAAACUUGAUUUUAAACAUUUAGGUCUCCAAUCGCUUUAUUUUUUUGUUUUGUUUGUUCCGUGUGGAGUCCCUCUUGAAACAACCUGUUUUGACAAACUGACAUUUUGCAGUCACAGACUUUUUAUGCUUAUUCAUUUAUAAAAUGAUAACGAAUUCAAUUUAUGUUUGUUUUUUUGUUGUUUUUUUUUGCACUUAUAUUGUUAAGCUUCAGUCAAACUUAAAUUAAAGUGAAUGAACUCUCAAUAAUCAUCAUCUGUAGGUUGGUGUUUAACACACAACAUGACAAAACGUCGAUUUAAUCGAUUAUAAACUAUCUAACUUUUUUCUUAGACUUUUAGCGCUUUUCAUUUUUAAGCCCUACAUGCUUUUCAUGCAUAUAUAUAUAUAUAUAUUAACGUGUCUGUUAUGGAGCUUUAAUGCUCUGUUGAUGUGUAUUUUUUGUUGUGUUUGAACAAAGAGCACCCUCUAUCAUACUUUGUAUCAGAAAAUGUCUCACAUGAAGUAAACUUUUUAUUGUUCUAAUAAAUUUACUAUUUUUUAAUAAAUGGAAGUGGCUU